AUGCGAAGGUACGUCUCGCUGCUGGCGCUGAUAACGCUGUGGUCGCUAGUUUCUGCCUACGUUUACAGAUGCGAACCAGGAACAGAUCCAACGGUAUGUAACAUCUGGAACAUGGAGUACGAUGCAGAAAUCGUGGCGAAACAUCCCGAUCGACUACCGAGCGUCAAUUAUACGUCCACCGUCAGCACUGUGCAGUUACUGUUCGAGCGGUAUUACUACAACGGCCAUAACCAGCUGGAGCGAUAUGAUUUGACGCUACAUGGCACCGUUCUGCGGAAUCCUUCCGUUGUGCAGAUACGUGACUACAGGCUCCGAAGGAUUGCGAUACCAUCCAAUCUUAUAGUGGGUGACUUUACCGAUAACGUUAUCUCGGUGAUCGAUACCGAUCCGACCGAGACGUACAAAGUGCGCUACCUAGACCUGUCACACAAUAGCCUACGGGAUGUAGAAAAUCUCACCGUGCUGGUGCAACUGGAGACACUCAAUCUGGAAGGCAAUCGGAUCAUUGCACUGGAGGCGAACAUGUUUACACGCAUGAUCAAUCUGACCCAUUUGUAUCUGGGAGAUAAUAAUUUCCAUACCUUUGAUUUUCACACCCUACCGAAAGGACUGAACGUCCUGUGGCUGAAGCGUAACGAGCUGCGAGAACUUAGUCUGACCAGUGUUUUGUUGCCCCGGUUGCGGGAGCUUAAUCUGGAAACAAAUACACUCUCCUCACUUGAUAUGGCAGCACUGUUUACGGCUUUUCCAGCGCUGGAGGUGGUACCGAUCGCGUACAACACGUUCGCCAAGCAGGAGGCCAGCCGGAUCGUUGCGGAGCUGAAGCGUCGCAGUGUGGCUUACUACAUCGGAAUGGAGCGUAGUGGCAGCGUGGAUUGUGAUUAUGAUGAGUAUCGCGUGGAGGAUGUUUGUUUUGCCGGUUCAGGUAUGGCCGUUUGGUCAGUUUGGAAAGCAAUUGUUCUUCUAGUGAUAGCUGUGCUGGUGGUUGGUGUGUUUGUGCUAAGUGUACGCUGGGUUUGGCAGCAGAUGGCUUACUGA